CUACCUUACCCCAACGGAAACAGAACUAGUUGAAUUCUCCCGAAAUCCAGAGAAGUGAGAGAAAGACAGAUGAUCUUUUCAAGUUAUUAACAACUCUCUGUUUAUUUUCGCACAGUAUACGCUCGAACACUCCAAGAAUGAUUGGAUUUAGGUCUCUUUGUGAACUGCCAGUGUGUUGUUUGAGAAAUAAGCUGAUUCUAACAACAGUACAACUACAACACAAUGUGAUACCCUUCUGCAAUAGAUUUAAGAAGUGAGGAAAGACGAGCACCAGGCGCUAUGGUAUCUGAGAGAGAAAUAUUUGGUCUUGUGGGACCUCUCAACCUCACUUCUGUUGAUUGGAAAAAUACAUAUCACCAAAGAUCUGUCACGGCCUGCUUGGUUCAGGCCGUUUAUGUGCUAGAGAGGGACCGUCAAGCUAGUCGCCAAGGAUCACAAGCUCUUGCUCCUGCCUGGUGGGAGUUCUUCCAUUUCCAGUUAGUCCGCACACUUGUGGAUAAUGCUGAUUCCUCCAUUUUUGGCGCCAUCUAUGAAUUGAACCCAUCCACUAGUUAUUGCGACCACGCAGCACAGUUACAUGGGGCUCCAAGAUAUGUGAUCGCCUUCCGAGGCACAAUCACCAAGGGAGAUUCUUUCUCGGAAGACCUUAAAUUGGACAUCGAAGUCAUUCGUAAUGGACUUCACCUGACCUCUCGAUCUGAAUAUGCAGUACAAGCAGUCCGUAACAUGAUCUCUAGUUCUGGAGAUAUGAAUAUCUGGUUAACUGGUCAUUCGUUGGGGUCGUCCAUGGCUUUGCUCGCUGGAAAGAACAUGGCAAAAACGGGAAUUUUUCUCGAAGCUUUUCUGUUCAAUCCACCAUUCUUGUCUGCCCCAAUCGAAAGAAUAAAGGAUAAGAAAUUGAAACAUGGGAUUCGAAUUGCUGGCAGCUUGAUCACAGCUGGACUCACAAUAGCUAUGAAGCGCCACCAACAUCAGCCUCGUUCGGAGAAUCCGUUUUUUGCGUUGUCCCCUUGGGUUCCUUAUCUUUUUGUGAAUCCAGGUGAUCAUAUCUGUUCAGAGUAUAUAGGGUAUUUUGAGCACAGGAAAAAAAUGGAGGAGAUUGGAGCAGGAGGCAUUGAAAGACUGGCAACUCAGACUUCAGUAACAGAUCUAUUCUUCAAUGCAGCCGGUAGGGAAUCAGAACCAUUGCAUCUCCUUCCUUCAGCAAAUCUGGUUGUUAAUAGAAGCCGCUGUGAGGAUUUCAAACAAGCCCAUGGGAUUCACCAGUGGUGGAAUCCAGAUUUACAAUUGGAAUCGAAGUUAUAUCAUUACCGAUAGUGUAUCAGAGUCACCAUCUAGUGCUGGUUUAGUGGCGAUGUAUAAGGAAUCUGGUGCCCCAACUCAGAAUCUUUUGAUCUAUAAGGAACUUGUACGUCCAAACAGUAGUAACAGUGAAUGUGGUAACUUGUUUCCGGUAGCAGUUCACGGGGGUAACAUUUACUGAAAUGAAAUUUUGAACUUAUGACCGGUCUCACCUGAGGGAUGCAGGUUGUGUUGUAGCGCUCUGAUGUCACGUCAUCUGCAAAUCUGUUAUCCAUUGCGAGUAUAAUUUUAAAUUGUAGUUCAGAAUAAUAGAUCUUAAUCAUUUACUUGGAUGAUAAUCUUAAUUUGUAAUUCUUGUCUAGAGUUGCCUACUGUUAGUUGAACAUUCAACUUCUUUUAAUUAUGUAUUCUUUUAAUUAAAAGAA